CCAGAAGUGUUAGGAAGUCUGCUCCCACUCCGUGCACGAAUUCGUUGAGUCUUGUAGCAUCCUAUCAGAACUCAACCCCAGGUGAGAGAAAAUUUAUUACCAUUAAUAUUAACGGGCACCCAUUUAGAUUACAAAUAGACACAGCUUCGGACGUGACAAUUCUUUCACAAAAAUCUUGGAUUAAAAUGGGCAGACCACGUAUGGCGACAACAACACAAAAGCCUCGUACAGCAUGCGGUAGUUACUUACGUUUGUUAGGUCAACUACAUUGUGAAGUGUCUUUCCUCGAUUCGACGUUCACUGGGGUAUGUUACAUUGCACCGGUUGAUCUUAAUUUACUUGGAUUAGAUUGGUUUGACCAACUGCAUUUAGCAGACGUCCCGUUAAACACUACGUAUCAACUAGUAAAGCAUCCCCAUGACCCAGAAGCCUAUUCAAAGGAACAAGUUACGAAGUUUUCGACCGUCUUCCAGCCUGUUUUGGGUCGGUGCUCAGCCAUGAAAGCAACGCUUCGAUUGAAACCUGGGGUCAAACCUGUUUUUCGUCCGAAGAGACCAGUACCAUAUGCUGCAUAACAGAAAGUUGAGGAAGAACUUAAUCGCCUUCAACCUGAAGGAGUUAUUACUCCUGUCUCUUAUUCCGCAUGGGCAGCACCCAUUGUUGUUAUCAAGAAGGCUAAUGGUACAAUCCGAAUAUGUGCAGAUUUUUCCACAGGUCUCAACGCAGCCCUAGAACAGCAUCAUUAUCCGCUGCCAGUCCCGGCAGAUUUGUUCACUAUGCUGAAUGGCGGAAAGUACUUUGCGAAGUUGGAUCUUGCUGAUGCCUACCUACAAGUAGAAGUGGCUGAAGGAUCAAGAGAGCUACUCACUAUUAAUACUCAUCGUGGACUGUUCCAAUAUAAUCAACUGCCCUUUGGAGUCAAGACCGCCCCAUCUAUUUUCCAGCAGCUAAUGGAUACCAUUCUAUCAGGUAUCCCGGGGGUCGCAACUUAUCUGGAUGACAUCCUCAUUGUUGCCACAACGUCGGAACAGCUACGAGAACGCACAACAGCCGUGAUCCAACGCGUCAGCGACAACGGAUUCCGGUUACGCCCGGAAAAGUGCUAGCUUUUCUUGAAAUCCGUGAAGUAUUUGGUGUUCAUCUUUGAUGCUGCAGGUCGCAGACCAGAUCCCGAGAACAUUCGAGCUAUAAGAACUAUGCCCACACCUACCAAUAUCUCUACUCUACGAUCAUUCCUGGGAUUGGUUAGUUAUUACUCAGCCUUCGUUCCAUCAAUGCAUGACAUACGCGCCCCACUGAAUUAUCUCCUGAAUAAGGAUAUCAGCUGGAACUGGACAAAGGAGUGUGAAAAUGCCUUUUGUAAGCUAAAGACAAUUAUUAGUUCAGAACUACUAUUAACGCACUACGACCCGUCUUUGCCAAUCAUCGUGGCCGCAGACGCUUCAGCCUUUGGGCUCGGUGCCGUUAUUUCACACCAGUUCCCCGACGCGACAGAGAAAGCUAUCAUGCAUGCAUCCCGAACAUUAACCCCAGCAGAAAAAAAGUAUGACCAGAUAGAGAAGGAGGCUCUUGCCCUAGUAUUCGCAGUGCGUCGUUUUCACAAGUUUCUUUAUGGUCGGAGAUUUACUCUCCUAACUGAUCACAAGCCUCUCCUUGCAAUUUUUGGUUCGAAGUCUGGCGUCCCGGCCCACUCUGCAAACCGUCUUCAACGAUGGGCCUUGAUCCUCUUGGGUUAUGAUUUUGACAUUCAGUAUCGACGCACCCAACAUUUUGGUCAGGCAGACGCAUUGUCACGACUCAUCAGCGAACACUCUACGACCGACGAAGAUGCCGUUAUUGCUUCUCUUUCGACAGAAGACCACGCACAAUGCUACCUGACAACGGCUGUUCGUGCUUUGCAAGUCUCAGAAUCUGAGAUACAAACUGCUUCCAGAAACGACCCCAUCAUUAAGAAAACGAUGAACUACGUCACCAUUGGCUGGCCAUCAACUAAACUUGACGGUGACAUGAAGCAGCUUUACCAUCGUCGUGACUCAUUAUGUGUCGUAAGUGAAUGCUUGAUGUUUGGAGAUAGAGUGGUGGUGCCAGAAUCCCUGCGACCGAGGGUGCUGAAGCAAUUCUACAUUGGUCAUCCAGGCAUAAAGCGUAUGAAAUCCAUCGCCGGAAGCUAUGCUUACUGGCCCCUCAUGGACCAGGAUAUCGUGGAUCUAGUGAACAAAUGUGCUCAGUGUCAACAAGCUGCAAAGUUCAAUGCAAAGGUGCCGCCGGUUCCAUGGUCACAGCCUGAGCAUCCCUGGUCUAGGAUACAUGUCGACUUUGCCGGACCAAUCAACGGAACCACUUACCUUGUCGUGGUCGACGCCUUCUCGAAAUGGCCGGAGAUUGUUCCCGUUAAUCCACCAACGACCACCCAGACUCUGAAACAUCUGACUGAGUUGUUCGCACGAAACGGAUUACUGGAAGUGAUUGUAUCCGACAACGGUUCGAAGUUCACCUCGGCGCAGUUCCAAGAGUUCUGCAAACGCCUAACCAUCAGGCAUCUUCGCGCCCCACAUUAUCACCCACAAUCGAAUGGGCAAGCGGAAAGGUUCGUGGAUACGUUCAAGAGGGCCCUUAUUAAGUCAAAAGGGGAGAGGACACCAGUGGAAACACUUCAGAAUUUUUUAUUCGCCUACAGAACGACUCCCAACGACACGCUGCCGGAGUAGAAGUCCCCCGCAGAGAUCCUCAUGGG